AUGUUCUGGCAGCUAAGUUGCCAUGCUCAGGUGGCGGUGAUUUGGAUGCGACUUCGCAUAAAGAACCCAUCAGUCAAGUAUGUGGCCAUCCUGAAGCAACUAUCAGUGAAAUCUCAACUUAAGGCCAUUGACAACAUUACCGAGUCCAUCAUCAAAGUUACCAAGUGCUUCGUCGAGUACGUUGAACUGAUCCAGUCCAACUAUAUUUCAGAAGACACACCCCCUCUGUCAGAUGACAUUCUUCUCGCUGUGAACGUGGAUAACCCAGGGAAACUACUAAGCCACGCUUAUGAAAAUAAAGACGACAUCCCAUGGGAACUAACAAACUUGGCUGAUUUGCUUGAUAAAUGUCAUCCGUAUAUCGAGAAGAUGCGACAUGAGGAAUAUUAUAAGAAUCUGAUAUGCCUUUUCCAAGGCCCCCACCAGGACCUGGACAAUGUCAAGUAUUUACGGGCACUGAUUUCACAGAAGGCUGAUACACGACCACUCGAAAUUGGUACAAGCAAGUCAAGGUUUAAUAUUGAAAGGCUAAGGUGGAGGCAAGUGUUACUCUUGAUAUCUGAUCUUAGUCUUAGCAAUGAAGAGAUUGUGAUUCUUGAUCACAUCUACAAAGAACGGCAGAACAGGGCAGAAGUUGAGUGUGAGAUUGUUUGGCUCCCCGUUGUGGACGCAACCACUUGGGAUGAAGCAAAACGGUUUAGAUUUGAGGAGCUAAAGUCAAAGAUGCCGUGGUACGCUGUGCACGACCCUCUAAUAAUUGAGCCACCGGUGAUCAAGUUCAUCAGAAACGAUUGGCAUUUCGACAAGAAGAUGAUUAUAGUGUCCUUGGAUCCACAAGGAAGGGUGUCCUCCCUGAAUGCCAUCCACAUGCUGUGGGUAUGGGGCAAUCUGGCUUUCCCUUUCACUGAUGAGAAAGAUCAGGCACUGUGGAAUGCAGAGAGCUGGAGACUCCAGCUCGUUGCCGAUGGCAUUGAUCCAACCAUACUGGACUGGAUACAGGAAGGGAAAUAUAUAUGCUUGUAUGGAGGUGAUGAUUUGGAAUGGAUUCGGAAGUUCACGAAGAGAGCAAAAGCUGUUGCAAGACUUGCUGUUAUCUCCUUGGAACUGCUUUAUGUAGGAAGAAGUACAGCAACCAGGGAGCAGAUCAGGAAAGUGAACAAAGUCAUUAAAACAGAGAACCUCAGCCGGUUCUGGCCUGAUUACACAUCCAAUUGGUUCUUUUGGUCCCGAAUGGAUAGCAUGCGGUGCUCCAAGGCUAAACACCACAAGACUGUAGAGAAUGAUGAGAUACUGAAGGAGGUCAUGACUUUGCUGAGCUAUGAUGGAAGUGACCAAGGAUGGGUUAUGGUGUGGAGAGGCUCAAAUGAGACGGCCAGAGCCAAUGGACAGCUCACUCUCCUCACCUUGGAUGACUUUGAAGCCUGGAAAAAUCAAGCGGCUCAAUCAGACUUCGUGACUACACUCAAAGAUGAACAGAUACGGUGCCACACGCCAUACCACUGCAUCCGUUUGACCAUUCCAGGGUUCGGUCCAGACAUUCCGGACACAGUGGAGUGCUCGGAGGGUGGCCGUGAAAUGGAGAAGUUCAUCAUCUACCGCUGCUGUCACGAUUGA